AUAAAUUUGACAGCAAACAUGGUGGAUAAUUUGAAAUGUAAUAAUGCAAUGUCGAUGUUUCCAGUCUUGGGGAUGAAUGUAGAACAAUAGGAAUAAACUUAGAAAGAAAAAAAAAUUAUGUGUUCGGCGUUAUUUCAAGUAUUAUCUAUGUUAACACUAGUAAACAUCGGUGUUUCUAUUGAAGAUCCAUGUGACAGUAGUUCUCAUGUCCUCUUUCCACAAAGAAACUUUGGUGCCAGAAACGAAAAAUGCCAAUCAAACGGAGAAUCGACAUGUGAUAUGUAUUUUAAAUCUAACUGGUACAUUGUUAAAAACGCUACAGCUCUCAACCAUUGUCCAAAAUUGGGUUACUGCGGGGUUACAUAUCCGGCAUGGGUAAAAGGUACUUUCCCAACUCUUGAAGAUGGAAUUGUCAACCGUACAGCAUGUAUUAAGUUUGGAAAUAUAUGCUGCAACGAAAGCAAGACAAUACAGAUGAAAAACUGCACAACGUUCCUGGUCUAUUACUUUGUUCCUCUUACAUCAUGUCCUAUGGCAUAUUGCUUUGAAUCUGAUUUACCUUGCGAACCACCAACGACAACACCCGUACCAG